UAAAAGAAGCUGCCUUGAGAUUUCUAAAAAUUCAAAAAUCUCUUAGGUAAGGAUACUUACCAGAUUUGGCAUUUGAUCUAUAGUGAUGGACCCAGAAGCAACCUCAGUUUAUUUGGAUUAUUCCGAAGCUACAAGCCAAAAUCCUGAGAUUGAGGAGACCCACUCCCAUGUUCCUUAUACAUCUGUCUUCCUUCCCGUCUUUUACACCGCUGUGUUCCUGACCGGAGUGUUGGGAAACCUCAUCCUCAUGGGUGCGUUGCACUUCAAAAGGGGCAGCCGAAGACUGAUUGACAUCUUUAUCAUCAACCUGGCUGCCUCAGACUUCAUUUUCCUUGUCACACUGCCUCUCUGGGUAGAUAAAGAAGCAUCCUUAGGACUGUGGAGGACGGGCUCUUUCCUGUGCAAAGGUAGCUCCUACAUGAUCUCAGUGAACAUGCACUGCAAUGUCUUCUUACUCACUUGCAUGAGUGUUGACCGCUACCUGGCCAUUGUGUGCCCAACUGUAUCCCGGAAAUUCAGAAGGAAAGACUGUGCAUAUGGAGUCUGUGCCUGCAUCUGGUUUAUCUCCUUCCUCCUGGGGUUGCCUACUCUUCUGUCCAGAGAGCUCACCCUGAUUGAUGAUAAGCCAUACUGUGCAGAGAAGAUAGCCACUUCAAGUAAACUGACUUGGGCCCUAGUGGCCAUAAUUUUCACCUUUUUUGCCCCCUUGCUGAGCAUUGUGACUUGCUACUGUUGCAUCAUAAGGAAGCUGUGUGCCCAUUACCAGAAGUCAGGAAAGCAUAACAAAAAGCUGAGGAAAUCCAUAAAGAUCAUCUUUAUUGUUGUGGCAGCUUUUGUCAUCUCCUGGCUGCCCUUUAAUACUUUCAAACUCCUGGCUAUUAUCUCUGGGUUGCAGCAAGAAUUCUACUUUUCCCCAGCCAUUCUCCAACGGGGUAUGGAGGUGAGUGGGCCUUUGGCAUUUGCCAACAGCUGUGUCAACCCUUUUAUUUACUAUAUCUUUGACAGCUACAUGCGCCGGGCCAUUGUGCACUGCUUGUGUCCUUUCCUGAAGAACUAUGACUUUGGGAGCAGCACCGAUACAUCAGAUAGUCACCUUAGUAAGGCUCUCUCCAACUUCAUUCAUGCAGAAGAUUUUGCCAGAAGAAGGAAACGGUCUGUGUCACUCUAAAAGGGGCUGUGAAUUUUCAAGCUCUUUUGGUGGGUUGGAGAGUUAAUUAUUGUCAGCAACAAAGAAAGAAGAAAAGUACUGAUGAUAAGAUGAUACAAGGAGUUAAGUUUUAAAAAGAGGACUCCAAAGUCCCUGUUUUUGUGGAUAUAAUUAGGCCAUGUUCUGUUUUUCCAGCUACUGGCCUUAUUUCAACUUUGCCAAUCAGGUUCACCAGAUAAAAUACAACUCCCAUCUUGGACUCUUACAUAAAGGCUGCUGCUUGAACUGUUUGCUUUCAUCAUGAUUGUUAAUACACAUUCAGGACUUUUCCUCUCUCAAGAACCAUGGUACCUUGAUCCACACCAUCCUUCCUACUGGGCUCCAGAUGGACUGCAUUUAAAGGAUUCUGCCCACUUUCAUCUGGUGUCAGACCUUGAUCCCCGCCUGAAGUCUCCCUGCUCCCUUCCCCGUAAAUCUCUUGUGUCCUAUUUUGGCAUCUGUAAACCUGAACUGUUGAACAAAGAAAAACCUCAACUAAUGCAUGAAGAAUUGAAAACCUUUUUUUUUCCUGAUGGACUAUAAAUUUAUCAAGAGUUUAAGCAUCCAUUUGGGAAACACUUUCCUUCAGAUAUGUCAAAAAUGGAACUAUUAUACAAAGGAUUAACAAUGUUUUGCACUUUUAUGCUUCUAAAAUCAUACACUAAGCAUAGAACGGUGAAAAUCUGCCUCUGAGAAGUCUCUUGAUUAGCUGGCUUAAGUCCUCAGUGACACCUUAGACUAUGUAGGUAAUAAUUUUUAGUGCUACAAUUAUGAUUACUAUUUUAACUAUUAUCAGUGUUUAUCUAUUGCACUUUUCCACUAUUUCAACGUUUAUCCCAUGUCCCUGGAAAAUUAAAAUGAGGAAUCUCCACACCUUAAAAUAAUUGAGUGAACAACCACAAUGUGAUGUAGUGGGAAACAUAAAGGCCUUAAAAUCAGAAAAAGUCUUAGUAUGAAUUCAUAAUCUACAACUAGUAAAGUCUGUGUGAUCUUGGAUAAGUUACUCGAUGUUUCUCUACUUCGGUUUUUGUGUCUGUA